GAACUUUGUUAGCGCCGGGCGACGUCGCCCGCCCCGACGGCGGAGCGGCCGCGGAGCUGAGGGCUGCGCCCCGGGCACCGGGAGGCUCCGGAGAGCCGAGGCGGGGGCGGACGGCUGCGAGGUGCCGGCGGACGGGCGGCCGUACCCCGGAGGCUCCGAGCUCCCGCUGGGGCUCCGCUGACCCCGGCGCUUCUCUCGUCCCGGCCCGGCGCUCCGUUCGGCACCGCUCCGCCGCGGCCGGGAUAGACAGCGGCGGCUCGCGAUGCUGCGGGCAGCGCUGCUCCGCUGAGCGGUGGCACCCGGCACCCGGCGGCGGCUGUAGAACGCCCCGGCGCUGGGCUUUGGCUGGGUUUUGUCUGACGUUUGGAGGUGGGGAGGAGGUGGGGGGGGGGGGGGGGGGGUGAGCAGAAGGAAGGGAGCGAGCGCUGUAAACUUCACGCGGGGUUUGUCAUGUGAAACCUUCAUUUGGUCCGAAACCCUCCAGAGUGACCGGAGGGGUUUCUGUUACGUGGGCAUCUUUUUGUUCCAAAGACGUCUGCACCCCUCCUUUGGGAGCACCCCUGGAUGAGGAUUUCCUCAGAUGUCUUUUUCCAUCCUCCAAGUCUCUUUGAAACCAACAAGACUGAGGUUAUGAAGUCAAUUCUAGAUGGCCUUGCAGAUACAACUUUCCGAACAAUUACAACAGAUCUCCUUUACGUGGGCUCCAACGAUAUCCAGUACGAAGACAUGAAAGGCGACAUGGCAUCCAAGCUGGGAUACUACCCCCAGAAGUUCCCUCUCUCCUCUUUUAGGGGUGAUCCUUUCCAAGAAAAAAUGACUGCAGGAGAUGAUCCCCUGCUAAGCAUUAUUCCCUCAGACCAGAUCAAUAUCACAGAGUUUUACAACAAGUCCUUGUCCACGUUUAAGGAAAAUGAGGAGAACAUACAAUGUGGGGAGAACUUCAUGGAUAUGGAAUGCUUUAUGAUCCUGAACCCCAGCCAGCAGCUGGCCAUCGCUGUGCUGUCGCUCACCCUGGGCACCUUCACAGUUCUAGAGAACCUCCUGGUCCUGUGUGUCAUCCUCCACUCCCGAAGCCUUCGGUGUAGACCCUCUUACCAUUUCAUAGGCAGCCUGGCUGUGGCCGACCUCCUGGGCAGCGUGAUUUUUGUCUACAGUUUUGUUGAUUUCCAUGUUUUCCACAGGAAGGACAGCCCCAACGUCUUCUUGUUCAAGCUGGGUGGAGUUACUGCCUCCUUCACUGCCUCUGUAGGUAGCCUUUUUCUCACGGCAAUAGACCGGUACAUAUCUAUACACAGGCCGCUAGCUUACAAAAGGAUUGUAACCCGACCAAAGGCUGUCGUUGCGUUUUGUGUGAUGUGGACCAUUGCCAUUGUAAUAGCUGUUCUUCCACUGCUCGGCUGGAACUGCAAAAAGCUCAACUCCGUGUGUUCAGACAUAUUCCCUCUCAUCGACGAGACGUACCUGAUGUUCUGGAUCGGGGUCACCAGCAUCCUCUUGCUGUUCAUUGUCUAUGCCUAUAUGUACAUACUGUGGAAGGCGCACAGCCACGCUGUUCGCAUGCUUCAGCGUGGCACGCAGAAAAGCAUAAUCAUUCAGAGUACAGAGGAUGGGAAAGUACAGAUCACUAGACCUGAUCAAACUCGUAUGGACAUCAGGUUAGCCAAAACCUUGGUCCUUAUUCUAGUCGUUUUAAUCAUAUGCUGGGGUCCUCUCCUCGCCAUAAUGGUGUACGAUGUCUUUGGGAAAAUGAACAAGCUCAUCAAGACUGUCUUUGCCUUCUGUAGCAUGCUCUGUCUGCUGAAUUCGACAGUGAAUCCCAUCAUCUAUGCUCUGAGGAGCAAGGACUUGAGACAUGCCUUCCGGAGCAUGUUCCCCACCUGCGAAGGGACUGCUCAGCCUCUGGAUAACAGCAUGGAGUCUGACUGCCAGCACAAACACGCCAACAACGCGGGAAACAUGCACAGGGCUGCUGAGAGCUGCAUUAAGAGCACAGUUAAGAUUGCCAAAGUGACCAUGUCUGUCUCCACAGACACGACUGCUGAAGCGUUGUAAGUCAGAGACUUCUCAGCGUUGUGAGAAAAGGAGUUAGUUAAAAAAAAAAAUUAAUUGAACAACAGAGAAUACCAAACCAGUGGUGUAACGUGUUUGUACCUCCCUGUAAUAUCUUUUUGAUUUGUCAUUGUAAGCUAAGCAAUGGUUGUGUUAAGAGUAUUACCAUCAGCCAGUUCUUCGAGUUUUACAAUUAGUGAUCCAAGCUAAAUUUUCAAAAGUUGUUUUGUUGGUUUUUUUUUCCCCUCAAAAAGUGUUUACUGGAUAAUAGCCAGUUUCCUGCAAGAGCACAGAAAAAACACCAAGCUAGCAAAAGUUCCUUUUUGGGAUGUGAAGAAAAAUUGUGAAACCUAAUUGAAAACUAAUGCAUCCUAAAUCAAUACCAUUCAAUAAGAAAAAGCCUUGUAAUCAUGCUGUCCAUCUAAAUGUGAAAUGUAUUUCAUGUCUGUAAGUAAUAGGAGUUUUGAUUUUUUCCAAAAGCGGCAGUGCUGAGUUUUAGAAAUUUUGUAAAAUGUGUCGUGUCCUGUGAAUUGUAUGCUGUUUUGUUAUGUGUUAUUGAUAUUUGUCCAAUUAAACAAAGUGAUAAGGUAGAUUUAUGUGGAAAUAAUGUGAAAUGUGAUAUGUAUACCCCAUUGAAAAUACUUACUGUAUUUGAAGAGUUCCUAUGAGCUAUUUUGGAAAUUUUACACUUCUAGUGGUCUUCUGUGGAUGUAGGGGAGAGGCUUUGCGUUCUUUUACUAAAAUUACUUCCCUACUACCUUUUAUUUUCACAUGCAUAUGAGAAUAACAGCAACAAAGGAAUAGAGAAGGAAUAUAAGAGAGGAAUGCUCUGGUUCAGACUUUUAAAUACCGCUGCAGAAGGACAUUUACUGUUGUACAGACUUAUCUCCCUUCUCUUGGGUGUUGUGUGAAUAUGAACGCUGAAAGCGAAGGUCCUGGAUUUUGGCUCCUUGAGUCACAUGCUGGUGCUGGACAACUGAAAACAGCAUGUGUCCAGCUCCAUGUGUGAUGUAAUCACUGUGCCAUCGAUGUAUACUUGAAGUGUGUUGCAUUCCUGUACCCCAGGUUUAAGCCAGUUCAGAGCCUGAGAUGCCGGACUCCAGCCUUCACUCAAAGAGGAGGAAGUAUUGUCAGAUUUAGGCAUUUUCUUAUUGUGUGAGCGUGUAUAUAAAUAAAUAUCUAUGUGUGUGUACGUGUGUGUGUGUGUAAGUAUAAUAAGUGUGAGUCAUGGUAGCAUAAUUAAGAUAGGACACUAUGACCAAAUGUAAGCUGUAUUUCUUGUUGCACGCUUUGCACACAAAUUCUGUUUCUAAAAUUGAGUUCUUCCAACUGAUUGCUGACGAAGGUACCAUAUUGCGAACAUACAGAUCCAGCACUAAGGGGUGUAUCCAUGUGCUAGAGAAAACAACCUUCCAGCUGUGCUUGAGAAUGAAAUGCAGCGAGACAGAGUCAGGUGUGAGCCAGCACUGACCACUGGAGUGGAUGUUGAGGGUGUUAUGGAAAUGGAGUAUGCCAAGAAUAAAGGAGCAUUUCAAUCCUUUUGUAUUCAAAUCUGAUUGUGUGAAACGAGGUGAGUCUCACUGUGAAACUAGGUUACAGAGGACAAGGUGUGAUUUCAUCAGCUUCCAAGAAGGUGAAGUUACUUGUGAAAAUGGAGACUCUGCUCUAUAGAGGAACUGUGUUUGACACCUGGGAUUUCCACAAUGAGGAUGUUGCUAGUCUUUUAGGCAUAGAUACUGUCACACAUUGAAGGUUCUGUGUCCCGUUCUCUGCUGCCUUCCUCUUUUGGACUGUUUCCUCACACCUUUCCUAACUGCUUUCUGCCAAAAUGGCUGUGGAUGUGGCCUAGCCCACUAGCUGCCUGGUGCGUGCCACAAGUAGAGUGACUCCCUCAGUGACACCGGGCCAGCAGAGCUGCUGUCCUGCAGUGGGCUUACGUAGGGAAGGAGAGCAGGGUGGUAGCCUAGAGGUUGCUGGCCAUCAGAAUGUCUCCAUGGUGUUUGGAAGUGGUAGUGCAGGCCAGAGCAGCUGGUAGCAGAAAAGGCCAAGGUGAGCUUAGCUGGCAGCUCUUUGGUGGCAGGGGUGGCUGUGAGUUCAGGGCAUUCAGAUACUGUGUGUGGUGGCACCUUGCAGAGAUCUCCUCAGGAGAGAUACUGUGCAGCAGAAGUUAUGGGAGUAUUCUCUUCCACCUCCCUCCCUGCAGCUGACCUGAGUGGUGGAACAGGACAUCCCGCCCCUAAGUGUGUCAGGGCAGGUCUUUCUCGUACCUAGAUGUAGUCCUUCCUAAAGCAAUCCUCUUGGAGAGGAGGGGGGAAUCCCACUUAAAUGUUAAGGUAUUUUAAGAGCCAUUUUUGAAACUGUCUUCUUGUGAAUUAAAUGCAAACUUUGUGGACUUUUGUCGUGCAUUUGAGUUCUAAAUUCUAUGCGAUAAAUCAUGGGACAAUGGGGCUGUCUUGGCACUUAACUUGGUGCUUACUGAUAGAAUAAGAAAUAGCAUCCUGUGAAACGUUACCGUCUAUCAUCAGGAUCUUCAUUUGCAUAAUGAGUUUUUCUAAAGCUCUGGGAACUGUGUCGGUUCACUUAGAACCAUUUAUUCAAGAGGUGGCAACUACUUGCCUACAAGUUGCACAUGGAGUGGGACGGCCAAUUCAUUAGCAAAACCUGCUGCCGUUCCGAGAUAAGCUGUACUUCACCUUCAGCUCCAGCAGUUCCCCAUUUGCAGCUGACUACCUUCACCUAGCGAUAGCACAGCCAACCUGUGCUCUACGGCCACCCACACUGUCACCACCCAACCAGUGAUAGUCGCCAUUAUGUGUACCUGAAAACUCCAAAUGUCGUAUAGCUGUAAGAAGAUCAUUCGUGUUACAUGCGUGCAGAGUUAGAUUCUCAACAGUCUUGAUUGUAUAUUUGUAUAAUAUAAUCCCCGCGACGCUGUGCAAUCGAUAUCUGCGUUUUCUUGCACUGGUCUCUGGAUGAAAAUUGUAGUGUGUCUGUUGCGAGAUAGACAGCGCAUUUUGCCUGCUGUUACUGGGCUGAAUGUAUGUAAAUAAGUGGGAAAAACAAAAGUCAUCUGUACAAGCAGUGGCCUAAAAGUCUGUAAUUGUUGAGUAGGGCAAUUGUUGAAGUUGCUGUGACAUCUCAAAUACUACCUUUGAAUAAACUGUUUACAAGGUCUCUUGAGAUGCUGUCUCAUAGUGAAAGGAAAAUACUUCCUUGUGAUAAUAUAACGUAAAGAAAUGGGGCUACCUGAGCUUUUUAUUUCCAGUGUUUCAAAGUGGACAACAUAACUCUUUAUUGUCUGUAAAUCUAACAUUAUUACUUCCUCUUAGAAGAAUAUUGUAUCAUUAGGUGUUUGUUUGAGCUGGUAACAUCCUUGCAACUGCUGCAAUAUUUUUCACUAGCAACAUGUAUAAUAGUUUGUACACAAGUACUGUUCAGAUUGUCAUGAAAAGUAGCUUUGACCAUUUACCUACCAGUAGCAGAAUAGUAUUUCUGUAAAAUUUCCAGUGUACUACUACCAUAUCAUAUUUUAUUUCUAUAAUGUAAUUAAACUGUUAUUUAUUCAAGGAAAAAAAGAAGCAUUUCUCUACUUUUUUUUUUGUUUUGUUUUCCAAAUUUUGAGGUAAUGAGGAAGCCACGUGAUGAUGCUGCCUCAUCCCACAAUCUGGUGCUCUACGUUUUGUUUAUAAAUUUGUCUGUCAGAUUCUGAAACAACUGCUUAAACCACUUGACGACAGGUUGUCAAGCUUUGUAGGGUUUAAUUGUAUGCUGAUAUCUUUGAAAAAGGAGGUAGAUUAUGUAUUUGUGUAUUCAGUACUAUGGAGACAAGAGAAAUGACAUAGUUAAAACUGAAUCUCCUGCUCCAUUAUGUAGGCAAUUUCCCCUUUCCUCUGUAUUAGCAAAACAUGCAAUAAAUCUCUUUUGCCUUCG